UGAUCAGGGAGAGACACCCAGCCCCAGCUGCAGGCCGGCUCCAGGCCUCAGCCCAGCACAGGCCUCAGCCCUCAUACACCACAAUGCGCUGCCAUGGCAACGGCCGAGGCCUGCAUAGUGCAGACAGCCAGGCCACAAGGCGAGGGCCAGGCCAGGCUGGGUGCACCAGGGGGUGCAGAAGUGGGACGGGGCUCCCUGGCUGGCCAGGGGGAAGCAGGGCUCCCCAAGGUUGGGCAAGCAAGUUUUGGAAUCAUGAAUGUGAAUUUGAAUGAAUUUGAAACCAGUUCGGACAGCACUGUAUGCAGCCCAGAGGAACAAGACGAUGCCAUCUGGAAGAGGUACACUGAGAGAAGAAGCCUCAUACUGCAGUACCUGCAAUCUGAUCUGAGCCUCCAGCUCCUUGAGGAGCAUCAGAAGAAAGUGGAGCUUCUGAAAAAGUGUUGCUAUUACAUCGAGGUUCUGCCCACAUUUUUGAUCCUGAGAGGCCAGAACCUCUUGGCGAUUCCUACCAGCAUCUUCCAAGUAAUUGACCCCUGGAAAUUCCAGAGGGUGAAGCACUUGGGAAGAUCCCAAGCUGAAAUCCAGCUGCAGCUUUUAACCCACCUGUUAGAACAGCUGCAACGAGGUCGAGAGGAGCUGGUCUGCUAUGUAGAGACCUGUGAUGUGGCAACUUUCCUCUCCCAGUGGGACUCAGUUAUGCAGAGAAUGACAGACCUCUCCAAGAUGAUGAAUGAUUUCCUUUCCUUGCAAGUGACAAGAAGACUCUACACCAAGCAUCGUUUGGUGUCAUGUGCAGAUAUUAGAGGUAAUAAAAUACCAGACAUUAGGCUUUUUCUCUGUGCAAAGAUGCCAGUUAUGUUUGAUCGAAAAGAAUCAUUUGCACACAAGAACUGGGCCCAUCUCAAAUGGUCUACCGAAAAUCAAGAGUCAACCCAUGAACGAUAUGAACUACAUUUCAAGUUACUGAAGCGUGGAACUCAGAUGGAAUUUGGACACUGUGGCUUUGUGAUACGCACCACCACCACCUGUGUAGUCGAGGACCUGCUGCCUGACCGAUCAUACGAAUUCAUGAUCAGAAGAGCAGAAACUUACACUCUUGUCUAUGAAACGUGGCGUGACACCAUCACACUGACGACAAAAGCUAAUGUAGCUGAAGACAAAAGCGCCUGAGAACCAAAGGAUGAGAUGGCUGACAAGAAUGUUAUCUAAUUUUUUCCAUUUGAAAAAAGUGACCGAGCAGAAGAAUAAAGAAAAAAUCCUAAUAUU